AUGAAUCACAGCGAAAGCAAGCAAGAUUCGGCUCCACCCAAUAUCGAUAAGGACCUCUACGAGAAGCUCAAGAACGAGCUGCUGCAAGAGGCUUGGGCGUAUCAGAAUUCGAUGCUGAGCCACGACAAGGAUAUAUGCAUCUCAGUACUCGUAGAGUACAACGGGCAGCGCGAAGUGUAUGUCUCUCAAACCCGGGAGGAAUGGCCAUUCAAUGUCGAGGAAGACAAGAGCUUCCCCGGAUGCACCAGACUGCGGUCUCGGGACUUUCUCACCCCAUCACAGCGUGCUGAAUGGGCGUCCAAAGAGUCAGUGGAAGAGAUGAAGCAGAUCGAUGAUGAAGGUAGCAAGUCAUAUCGGACGGCUCAUCCAGCGAAAACCCGGGAGGAAAACGUCGAGGCGCCGCACAGCCCAGACGAUCAGACUGAGCACGGUAGGACCUAA